AGCAUGGAGGUAGAGUUAUCCACCAUCCACUCCCGGUCCUCCCUUCCGCCCGACACCGCGGUGGCAACACUGGCCAGUGUCAACGAUGGAAAGAGGACGGAAGCUAUCGAAGUUAACGCAGUCGAGGUUGAGGUCCGGGACGCAAGCCGCGCCCCAUCGACGACUUUCGUAGCCUCUACGCCCGCAAUGAAGCGCAAGGCGAGGAUCCAGUUCGCCGCGCUCUGCUGGACCCUGUACCUCGCCGGAUGGAACGACGGCACAACGGGGCCUCUACUGCCUCGCAUACAGGCCGUCUACCACGUUGGCUUCGCUGUCGUAUCGUUGAUAUUCGUGUCCAACUGUCUUGGCUUCGUGGUCGGCGCUGCAGCGAACGUCUGGCUCACCGAUCGCUUCGGGUUCGGGCGGGUGAUGGUGUUGGGCUCCGCAAUGCAGGUUGCCGGUUACGCGGUGGAAGCACCUGCCCCUCCCUUCCCUGUCUUCGUCGUUGGGUAUAUGAUCAAUGGCUUUGGCUUAGCCCUCCAGAACGCAGGAUCCAAUGCCUACGUUGCUGCGUUCAAGGAAAACACCGCGAUGAAGUUCGCCAUUUUGCACGCCGUCUACGGCACUGGUGCGGUGUGUUCACCUCUCAUCGCGACGCAGUUCGCACAGCUCAGUCGUUGGUCCUUCCACUAUCUGGUGCUACUCGGUAUCGCGCUCUCCAAUGUACUGGUGCUAGCUGCGGUGUUCCGUUUCCAGUACCAAGAAACGUGCUUGGCGGAAAUAGGUCAAAUGCCAGAUCGCGAAAGCAGAAGCAGCGCGAACAAGUACAAGCAGAUUUUCGGGUUACGCGCUCUCCAUAUCAUGGCGAUGUUCAUCCUGCUCUAUGUUGGGAUCGAGGUCACUCUUGGGGGGUGGAUUGUCACGUAUAUCGUCGAGUUGCGCGGUGGAGGCGCGUCCUCGGGUUAUAUCUCGUCUGGGUUUUUUGGUGGACUCACGUUAGGCCGUGUCACCCUAUUCUGGCUCAACAGGAAGGUCGGCGAACGGCGCGCCGUUUUCCUCUACGCACUCCUUGCAAUCUCGCUCGAGCUGGUAGUCUGGCUCGCCCCCUCGCUAAUCGGUGGUGCUAUCGCUGUCUCUCUCGUAGGCAUGCUCAUGGGCCCCAUAUACCCCAUCGUCAUGAACCAUGCCGGUCGCGUUUUCCCGUCAUGGCUCCUCUCCGGCUGCAUCGGGUGGAUGGCCGGCUUUGGUCAGGCCGGCUCGGCGAUCCUCCCCUUCCUCACCGGUGCGCUCGCGUCGAAAGUCGGGAUCAAGAGCCUGCAGCCCCUAUUGGUGUCUAUGAUGGGCUUGCUGGUGC